AUGAUAUUUUUCAUUUUAACCAUUUUUGUACAAAGUUGCUUUUGGAAAUACGAAGACAUGACUUUAUACCCAACUAAUGGAGAGUAUUUAGAAUAUCCUAUGAACUAAUUAUUAAAUGAAAAGUUAUUUUUUAAUCAUUAUGAAAAUAUCCAAUUGAUUUACCAUUAUGAGCCUAGCGUGCCUAAUGUUUAAAUAACAAAUGCUUUUAAUGAAAUAAUACAAAUAGAAGGACAUGGUAAUUAUUAGAAUCAUCAUAUUAGAAUUUAUAUCAGUAUCAUCUAAUCAAACUCAUUUUGCAACAAUAACUAAAGAUUAUUAUAUAAUACUCUACUAAUGGAAAAACUUAAAUAUUUAACAGUAGGGAUAAGGAGUUAAAAUUGAAAAAAUAUAUAAAUGCUAUAAUAUUGUUUUUUUUGCUGAUAUAGAUAUCUUACUUGAUUGUUAUACUGAAGGACAUUUUCAUUUAUUAUAACUAAUGAAUACUAGUUUUGAAAUCGUUUAUUCAAUCUAAGCGAAUAAGCCAAUUAAAUCAUAAAUGCAAGGAAUUUAUAAUGAAUCAAAGCCUUUCCUAAUAUAUGCCUAAUAUUAUCAAAAUAUAUCCAUCAUAACAUUAUUCUCAUCUCAGUUUAAAAACUUAACAUUUUAUUAAGAUUAAUUUAUACAGAUUGCUAUUCCAUUAAGAGAAAACCCUUUUAUAUAUAUACUUGAAUAAUCAAUCAUAAAAUUAUUUAUCAUUUCUUAGAAUAAUACUUUUGAAUUAAUAGCGCCAUUCGAUUUAGGAUUUUAUGGAAAAGUUGAUAAUUUUCAAGUUUAUUAUAACUAUUAAAUUUACUUUUAAUGUGAUUAAAUUUUGGUUAAUUACUAUUAUAAAAAAUAUAGAGAAGAAUACUUAGGAUGUUAAAAUCAAUUAAUUUUGUUAAACUCUUAUUUUAUUAAUAUUAAACAAUAAAAAUUGAUUUAAUCUUUUUUGAAUAAUGAAUUUAUUGUAAUUUAAUAAGAACUGCAACUUACCCUUUAUCAAUAAUAAGAAUCCAACUCUAUUGGCUCAAUUUUAAUUAAUGACAACACUUAAAUAUAUUUAAAUACUUAUGAUAACUAUCUAUUUAUGUUUAACAGAUAAAUCAUUGUAUAUGAAUUGAAAAUACAAUAACUAUCAAUUAAUUUAACAGAUUAAUAAGUUUAAGGAAUAACUUAUGAUAUCACAAUUUUUGCUAAAUAAUUUAAUCUGACUUUCAUCGGUAUUUGUAAAAUGUUUAUGUCUAUUACAAUUCUAGAUUAGAAUGAUACAAAUAUUUAUGUAAUGUUUAAUAAAAAUUUCCCUCAGUAUCGAUAUAUUAGUUACGAUGAAAAAGAUGAAAAAAUCUUUGUAGGCUAUUCAGGCAAAUUACUGUAAUAUACUUUGAAUACAGAUAAUAAAUAAUUUGGAUAGUUUAGUUAAACAACAUUUAAGGAAGGAUUGAUAUAUAUAAACAAUUCAUUUAACUUGGCCUAAUUUUACAAACGCUAAUUAAUAGGAGUUACAAAUGAAUCAAUAUAAAUCUUGGAUAUAUCCUUCACUCCUUACUCUUAUGAAAAAUUGAUGGAUAUUAAUAUUUCUAUUCAGGCUCAGUAAUUAUAAGUUUCUGAUUGUGAUCACUAUUCAUUGUCAUAUUGCCAUUUAAUAAUAGGACUUAGUGAUGAUUAUACAGUUUAUCUUUAUUUAAUUUACUAUUAAAAAAAUUACUACUCCUCUUCAGAGUUUAAAUUUGAAUAAUAAAUUUAGUAAUUUUUCAUUACGUAAUAUAAUUUGAUAACUUUGAUUAUAAAUCAAGAAAUUUAAAUCAUGACUUUGAAUUUUACUGAUUUAGUAAUCAUUAACGAAACUAUGAUUAAUACAUUAUUUAAUGCAGACAGUAAACUAAAAUUUAAUCCUAUUUAAAUAGUUGUAAAUAAUUAGCGUUUUUCUUAAUAUUUAUUAAUCAAUAAUAUUGAUAAUGUCAUAAUUAUUUCUAUCAUUUAAAGUAAUAUACUAAUUCCAAUUUCAAUCAUAGAGGUUAAAUUCUAAAUUAAAUAAAUAAAUAUUGUGAAUCAAUUAUUAGUUUUAUCUUAUAUUUGCAAUAAAGGCUUUGAUCUUUGUUUCUAAGUUUGGAGUAUAGAAAAUUUUAAAUAUCCUUUUUUUAUGAGAAAUAUGACCAGUGUAGAUUAUAAGAAUUAUCUAUAAAUACUAUCAGAUAACUUUUUUUUUUAUGUUCAAUUUUUAAAUUACACAGUGUAUGUUUACAAUCCGUAGUUACCUUAACAUAUGAGUUUAUAUUAUUAAAUCAAUUUAUCAACAAAAUUGAAUUGCACUGAUUAUUAUAAUUUCGGAUCAAUUUUGUAUUUUGAAAACUAAAUCAGUUCAUUAUCAAUAUAACAAAGUUUUAACCUUAAAGUAAAUUAAGCUUAAAACUUUUCGCGCUCUUACCCAUAAAUGAUUUAUAAUUAUACUGUUACCUCUUUGUUAAAUGUAACUGCUAAUUAAUCUACACCAAAUCAAAGCUUGACUUAUUUAUCAAAUUUCACUUAUUUCUAACCUAAAACUAUAAUAAUCAAAGAUUUGUUGAUAACAGAUUUAAAUUUAACUGAUCGAACUUUCACAAUUCCUAUGAAUAUAAUCCUUGAUAGACAGGCAAGUCUUUGUUAUUUUCCUAAUAGUUCUGAUGUUGAUAAAAUUGAUCGAUUUAAUUAAUCUGAUUAACAAUACUUUACAAAUGAUGAAUGCAAUUUAACUAAUUUUGGUUACUUUAAAACCACAACAACUAAUCAAACUUACACAUUAGUAACUGCAGUAAAUAACUAAUUUUUUGUUCUGUAAAACAACAGUGUAAUCGAUAUUUAUAAUUAGUAUUUUGUAUAACUUACAUCAUUCAAUUAUUCUAAUUUAAAUUUUGCUGAGUGCUUGAAAUCAACAUCUUAUAAUUUAACUUUAUCUUCUAUAUGUCAAAACGACACUGCUUAAUAUUGGCUAAGCAUUUAUUUUGACUCUAAUGGAAGUGUUAUAAAUAGAAGCUUAAUGUAAAUACCUUUUAAAUUUACUUAUAUAAAGAAAAUUAGUAAUAUAGCCACUCUUAAUUUUAUUUUAGGCUCUAACAAUACAUAUAACAGAGGUUUGUAUUUAUUGAAUCCGUUAAACAACUCUAUGCAGUAACUUAAUUAAUAUCAAGGUUAGAUAUAUUGUAAAGAUUUUUCAGUAUCUUUAUAUAAUUCUAGUUUAGAUAUGAAUUAGUCAAAUUUAGUUCUUGUUAUAUACAUCAUGGAUGAUGUAAUUUAUCAAUAUAUAAAUUUCAAUAAAAAUUCAAUUACUUUAAGUGGUUCUUAAGGUUUUUAUAUUUAUCCUUAUUAUUUUACUUAAAUUUUGAUAUUGCAAGUAAUAUACAAAUAAAUAUACAUCAUUUUNUAUUAAUAAUGUCAUUAUUAUUUCGAUUGAUUAAAGUAAUAUACCAAUUCCAAUUUCAAUCAUAGAGGUUAAAUUCUAAAUUAAAUAAAUAAAUAUUGUAAAUCAAUAAUUAGUUCUAUCCUAUAUUUGCAAUUACGGGUUUGAUCUUUGUUUCUAAGUUUGGAGUAUAUAAAAUUUUAAAUAUCCAUUUUUUAUGAGAAAUAUGCCUAAUGUACAGAAUAAGAAUAAUAUCUAAAUACUAUCAGAUGACUGGUUUUUUUAUGUUCAAUUUUAAAAUUACAAUUUGUAUGUCUACAACCCUAAAUUACCUUAACAUAUGAGUUUAUAUUAUUUACUCAUUUUAUCAUCAAAAUUGAUAAGCACUAUUUAAUAUUCUUUAAAAUCUAUUUUGUAUUUUGAAACUUAUAUCAAUUCAUUAUCAACAGAGCAAAACUUUUAGUUUAAAGUAAAUUAAUCUCUAAAUUUUUCACACUCUUACCCAUAACUGAUUUAUAAUUAUACUAUUACUUCUUUGGUAAAUUAAACUGCUAAUUAAACCACACCAAAUCAAAGCUUGACGUAUUUAUCAAAUUUCACUUAUUUCUAACCAAAAACUACAAUAACGGUAGAUUUGUUGAUAUAAGAUUUAAAUUUAACUGAUCGAACUUUUACAAUUCCUGUGAAUAUAAUCCUUGAUAGACAGGCAAGUCUUUGUUAUUUUCCUAAAAGUUCUGAUGUUGAUAAAAUUGAUAAAAAAGUUGAUUAAUUUGAUUAACAAUACUUUACAAAUGAUGAAUGCAAUUUAACUAAUUUUGUUUACUUUACAAAAAAUAUUGAUCUUAAUUACACAUAAGUAACUGCAGUAAAUAACAAAUUUUUUAUUCUGUAAAACAACAGCGCAAUAAGAAUUGUUAAUUAGUAUUUUGAAUUUCUUUAAUCUUACGAUUAUUCUAAUUUAAAUUUUACUGAAUGCUUGAAAUCAACAUCUUAUAAUUUAAGUUUAUCAUCAAUAUGUCAAAACGAUACUGCAUAAUAUUGGCUAAGCAUUUAUUUUGACUCUAAUGGAAUUGUUAUAAAUAGAAGCUUAUUGUAAAUAGCUUAUAAAUUUACUUAUAUAUCUAAAAUUAGUAAUAUAGCCGCUCUUAAUUUUAUAUUGGGAUCUUAUAAUUAAAAUUCUUAAAAUUUGUAUUUAUUGAACCCUUUAAACAAUAGCAUCCAGCUACUUAUUAGUGAUUGUCAAGAUUUUUCAGUAUCUUUAUAUAAUUCUAGUUUAGAUAUGAAUUAGUCAAAUUUAGUUAUUAUUAUAUACAUCUCCAAUUAUUAUGAUGUAUUUUAUCAAUAUUUAUAUUUUAAUAAAUAUUCAAUUACUUAAAGUAAUUUUUUAGUUUUAUUUUCGGAUAAUCUACUUUAUGCUUAAAUAUUGAUAUUGCAAAUAAUAGACAAAUAAAUUUUCUUCCUUAUCACUAGUACUGAAGGUUUUGGAUAUUUAUUAUUUUAUAAGUUAUUUUAAAACUAGUUAUCUUUUUAAGAUUUAAUAACCACUAUCCCAGCUUAUGUAAAUGAUGAUAUAGUACUAGUUCCAAAUUUUGUAUAUUCUAAUGGAUUUCUACUUCAAUAAUUUAAAUAAGGAAAUACCUAUAUUAUAGGAGUUUACUACAUUACUGAUUUACUUAUUAACAAUUUAGAAGAGCCUAUUUUGAUGUUAGGAUAAUUAAACUCUACAUCUUCUGGAUAUGCUUUAAUUACAAAUAUAGAGGAUCGAAACGCUACAUGCCUUGCAUUAAAUAAUGGAUCAGUUUUAUAUUAUCCAAUAUCUACUAGAACUUUAAAAUGUCAUUAUAGAUAAGAUAAAAAGACAAAACAUGUGAAUAUUAUUUGCAAGAAUGAUUUUUCAGAUGGAGUUUAUGAUAUAAAUUUUAUGCUUCCUGAUUUAAAUUAUAAUUCAAGAAGAUGGAUUUAUUCAUUAAUUAUCAUAAUCAUUUUAUAAUUAAUAGGCUUUUAUAUUUUAGUAAAAUAUAGAAUGAGAAAUAUUGGUUAUAUCAAUACAGAAAUAGAACUUUGA